GAGGAUCUCGUUUUGCCUCGUGCAGAUUGGAAACGCCUCCCGGCCUCCAGCACCCGCCUCUGGUCCCGUGAUCCAUGUGACCCCCGGGAGCCCCUUCACUCACAAGCCAUGAGCCCGGGGCGUGGGAAGUAUGACUUCUGCAUCGGCCUGGGCCUGGCCAUGAGCUCCAGCAUCUUCAUCGGAGGGAGCUUCAUUCUGAAGAAGAAAGGCCUCCUGCGACUGGCCCGCAAAGGCUCCAUGAGAGCAGGUCAAGGUGGCCAUGCAUAUCUUAAAGAAUGGCUGUGGUGGGCUGGACUGCUCUCAAUGGGAGCCGGUGAGGUGGCCAACUUCGCCGCGUACGCCUUUGCCCCGGCCACCCUCGUGACUCCGCUGGGAGCGCUCAGCGUCCUCGUCAGUGCCAUCCUGUCCUCAUACUUCCUCAAUGAAAGGCUGAAUCUCCACGGGAAGCUCGGGUGCUUGCUGAGCAUUCUGGGCUCCACGGUUAUGGUCAUUCACGCGCCGAAGGAAGAGGAGAUCGAGACGUUAGACGAGAUGUCACACAAGCUCGGGGAUCCGGGUUUUGUGGUCUUUGCAACACUUGUGGUCAUUGUGUCCUUGAUACUGAUCUUCGUGGUGGGACCCCGCCACGGACAGACGAACAUUCUCGUGUACAUCACCAUCUGCUCUGUGAUCGGAGCGUUCUCCGUCUCCUGUGUGAAGGGCCUGGGCAUCGCGAUCAAGGAGCUGUUUGCUGGCCAGCCUGUGCUGCAGCACCCCCUGGCCUGGGCCCUGCUGCUGAGCCUGGUGGUCUGUGUGAGCACGCAGAUCAACUACCUGAACCGGGCCCUGGACAUAUUCAACACCUCCCUCGUCACCCCCAUCUACUACGUCUUCUUCACCACCUCGGUGCUGACCUGCUCGGCGAUUCUCUUCAAGGAGUGGCAGGACAUGCCUGUGGACGACAUCAUCGGCACCUUGAGUGGCUUCUGCACCAUCAUCGUGGGGAUUUUCUUGCUGCACGCCUUCAAAGACGUCAGCUUCAGUCUAGCCAGCCUUCCCGUGUCUUUCCGAAAAGAUGAAAAAGCGAUGAACGGCAAUCUCACUAACAUGUACGAAGUUCUUAAUAAUAACGAAGAAAGUUUAGAAAGUUUAACCUGUGGGAUUGAACAGCACACUGGGGAGAAUGUCUCCCGAAGAAAUGGAAACCUGACAGCUUUUUAAGAAAGCAAGAAUCAAAAGUUGAUCAUUGUUGUUAUAAAGCGAAUUUGAGAAUCAGAAUGUGUUGGGAAAAGCGGUAUUCUCAAAUAAUGUUCUCUAGAGACAAUCUUUUUUAAGGUCUCACUAAUCUGGACCAAGAAAUUACUUUUCUUAUAUUUAAAUGAUGGUAGCUCACUAAAAUAACCUCAGUACCUGGCCAAUUUUUGUUAACAUUGUAGUGGUAUUAAAAUUUUUCUUUCACCAAAAUCUAAGUGCACUAAUGGUAGCUUUAAGUCUAUAAAAAUGCUUUAUUUUUUUCAUUGGGGAUGAAAGUAUGAUGUGUAUACAUUUGUCAUCACCACUCUCGUCAGUCCCUGGCCGUCUUAAGUCAUUUUUAUUUUGAAAAAAGAACAGAUAUUAGCCUGUGAUUUACCUACAAAAUGCCUCCUUUCUGAGGAAUUAUCUUAAUUUUGAAAUUAAGAUAGAGAAUCCUCUGAGUUACUGAAGACAACUCGCUGGCACAGCAGAGAGUAGGAGGUCACCCCACAGAGCACUGCUGUCCUGUGACUUGUCCCUGCACAGAGGUGGCCGUCCUGGGCGGCACCUGGUGCAAAGCCAGGACACCCUCUGUGCCCGGCUGCCCGCAGUGUUACUCUGCUCCCUCCGGGCCCGGACCUGGGUGACGUCCGCUCUGGUACUUUCCAGGAUACUUUCAUAAUGAGUCGUUGCCCUUAGAUCUUCUCACAACCUGGGAGAGUCAGAAGACACAGGUGAUUUUUGAAAUCUAGCUCAUGUUAUAAUAAAAAGACAAAUUGAAACAAA